AUGGUUGCGCGUCGCGUUGACGCGGUGUGCCUUGGGCACUUCGUCGCUAAUCUCGCCGGCGAGGAGCUCGGCGCUCAUGAGCGGCAUGGCGCCGUGGGGCGUCGCCGGCAGCUUUUCCGCGACGGCGUGAGCCGCGGCCGCGGUCGACCAGUGUCCGUCGGCGACGCCGGACCGCGGGUCAUAGCGUGCCGGUCUGGACCGGUCGCGUUUGGGCGUCGGGGGGUCGUCCGCGACCUUCGGGGGCUCCCCCGCUCCGUCACCGGGCUCCCCCGCUCCCGCGGCGGGGACGGCGGGGACGAGCGGGGGCUGCGCGCCGGGGAGCGGCGGCUCUGGCGGCCCAACGACGUUCGGCGGUGGCAGGCUAACCACCAUGCGCGCCUUGUCGAGGGUGCCGUGCGGCGGGCCGAUGUACGAGAACGUGCGCGCGUUGCGGUAGGCGCGGUCGACCUUGGCGCGGACCGUGCCGACGCCCAUGUGCCGCUGCGCGCCGAGGUACCGGGCCGCGAUCCCGCGCGAGUCGUGCCGGGAGUCGUGGCCCAUGUUGUCGUAGAUGGCUAUGUGAGGGUAGAACGGGACGAGCGCCGAGAUGUCGGGGACGCUCUAAAAGAGCGCCUCGUGCGGCGUGACGCCGUCCCGCGCGAGGCAGUUCGACUUGUCGCACCUGUCGAGCGCGCAGUCGAGCCAGAGGUUCGCGGGGGCCCCGGACACGGCUGUGCCGAUCUCAAUCCCGCGGGAUUUCAACGACGCGUGCGCGCGGAACGUCGACGAGACGUCGUCGUCGCCGACGAAGUCGGACUUGCGGCGCUGGCCGGCGGCGUAAACGUAGUGGCCGGCGCGCGUCUGUGUGACGCCGACGAGGAGGUAUAUGGCGCCGUCGACCGACUGUGUCGCGACCGGCCCAUGGAGGUCGAACUCGAACGUGACGCGGUGGCUCGUCUCGGCUCCGCGCGACGUGUGGCGCCUGACGAUGUUGACGAAGCCCAGCAGCGCGGCGCUGCGAGGGUCGCCGAUCCCGAGCCGCUUGCCGGACGUGUCCUCGUAGUCGAGGUGGAACUGCGCGUGCCUGUGGGCGGCGCGCAGCAGCGGCAGCUUGGCCGGGUCGCGCUCGAGCAUGCCAGCGACGACGCCGCCGUCGGCGCGGAAGGCGUCGGCCAUGGCGCCGCACCCGGCGAAGGCCUCGAAGCACUCGCGCUGCCGGAGCCCUCGGGUGGGCUCGAUCACGGCAUCCAGGCUGACGACCGCGACGGCGAGGGCUGCGGCGAGGAAGGAGCCCGCCGCGAGGCCGCGCGAGACGCGCGGCGUCGCGUUGUCGGGGAGCGACGGCGCCGGUUCGGGCGUGGCCGUCUCGGGCUCGCCCUCGCUCAGUUCGAUGUCUAUGAGGAUGAGGUUUUGGUAGUGCAUGAGCGGUACGCGCUGCCCCUCGGGCGUGACCAUGACGCUGAAGUCCCGGUCGAAGCUCAUGCCCUGCGCGCGGAGCGCGCCUCAGCUCAGGAUCGGCGGCGACCCCUUGACCGAGGCGUCGUUGUCGCUCUUGAUCUCGAACUUACGCCCGCGCUCUUGACCGGCGUCGUGUAA